GGCAGGGGUCAUGGCGCAUGCGCACGGCGGAUUGUGAACUUGCUCGAAAAUCCAAGAUGUCGGACGAGGAUGAUUUUAUGGUGGAUGAUGAUGAGCAAGAUUAUGACUUGGUGUAUUCAGAAGACAGCGGCUCAGAGCCGGAUGUUGACCUGGAGAAUCAGUACUACAACUCCAAAGCUCUAAAGGAGGAGGACCCAAAAGCAGCUUUAGAGAGUUUUCAGAAAGUUUUAGACCUGGAAGAGGAGAAGGGAGAAUGGGGAUUCAAGGCCCUCAAACAGAUGAUCAAGAUAAACUUCAAACUGGGCAACUAUGAAGAGAUGAUGAAGAGAUACAAGCAGCUGCUCACAUAUAUCAAGACUGCUGUAACAAGGAACUACUCGGAGAAAUCCAUCAACUCCAUCCUAGACUACAUCUCCACAUCCAAGAAUAUGGAACUGCUGCAGAACUUUUAUGAGACGACGCUGGAGGCCCUGAAGGAUGCUAAGAACGACAGGCUAUGGUUCAAGACCAACACUAAGUUGGGCAAGCUGUACUAUGACAGGGAAGAGUUCAACAAACUGGCCAAGAUCCUGAAACAACUGCACCAGUCAUGUCAGACGGAUGAGGGUGAGGAUGAUCUGAAGAAAGGCACGCAGCUGUUGGAGAUCUAUGCACUGGAGAUCCAGAUGUACACGGCUCAGAAAAACAACAAGAAGCUGAAGGCCCUGUACGAACAGUCGCUGCACAUCAAGUCUGCCAUCCCACAUCCUCUUAUCAUGGGGGUCAUUAGAGAGUGUGGUGGGAAGAUGCAUUUACGAGAAGGGGAGUAUGAGAAGGCCCACACAGAUUUCUUUGAGGCUUUCAAGAACUACGAUGAAUCAGGAAGUCCAAGGAGAACUACCUGCCUGAAGUACCUGGUUUUAGCCAACAUGUUGAUGAAGUCAGGGAUCAACCCUUUCGACUCACAAGAGGCUAAACCAUACAAGAAUGACCCAGAGAUACUGGCAAUGACAAAUCUAGUUAGUGCCUACCAGAAUAACGACAUUAAUGAGUUUGAGAAGAUUCUCAAGACAAAUAGGAAGAACAUUAUGGAUGAUCCCUUCAUCAGAGAACAUAUUGAAGACCUGCUGAGGAACAUCAGAACACAAGUCCUUAUCAAGCUUAUAAAACCCUACACUAGGAUCCAUAUACCAUUCAUUGCUAAGGAGCUCAACAUAGAUGUUAGUGAAGUGGAGAGUUUGCUGGUGUCAUGCAUUUUAGACAGUACAAUAAACGGGCGUAUAGACCAGGUGAAUCAGCUGCUAGAGUUGGACCGCAGUACGCACGGGGCUGCCAGAUACACGGCACUCGACAGAUGGAGUGAACAGAUCCAGUCCUUGCAUCAAUCCAUUGCUAACAAAAUGGCAUAGAGACUCUCCCGGCCACCCCCACCUAUACAGCAGAGUGGACUGUUCCAUCCAUACCCACAGCAAAAGUGUAGCGGUCCGAAGUGCUUCGCACAAAGAUUGUUUAACUCCUGCUUCUCCGAUGAGGACUGAUAGACACGAUGUUGUUCCGACGAACCAUUUGUUGUUGCUGCCACUGCAUGACUGUGGUGCAUUAAAGUCUGUACAUUCGAUGGGUGGGCGGAAUGUCCUAGUAAGGGCAGGGGAGAUCAUAUGUGUGGGUUCCUCGUAGCUUUUUAUCAGCGUCUUCUUGUGUAAAACAGACUCCUCUCUUCUGGUUUGGUUCUGGACCUUCUUUGUAAAAUUACGUCUACAUGAUUAUCCACUGUAUAUUUCAAGUCGCAAGUCCCCACAUAAGAUUCUGUCAUUGUGUUGAACAUGAUGAAAUGUUAGUUUUGUCCAGGACUUCUCAGUUGCCUCAGCAUUAAGUGGAAUGUUUGUGUCUUACCUUAUAACAGAAGGCUCGUGGGGUUGUACAAAAUUGUACAUGUACACACACGUACCACGGUACCAGUUCCCAGCACAAAUGUACCCUCUCUUUCUGUGCUCCAUGUAUGUUUACUUACCAUUUUCUGCUCUAUUCUUUAUGCUGAAGAAGAGAUUUUUUUAAACGCAAUUCUCAACUGAAAGUAGACACUGUGGGUUUUGUUAUAAUAAUUAGUUUUGGCCAGUUCCUCUCUGUUGACAUUACUUACCACUAGGGCUGUUUGUAGACUGGCAUUUGUGAUUUCAGAUCCAGAAUGUUGCUCUGUUCUCCUGUUUUGUAAAGAUGGGAUAAAGUAUAUGGAUGUAGUACAGGAAUAAUGACUGUAAACAAGAGAAAAUAAAAGGUUCUGAGCACCAGAA